GAGGUUAGAAUUUGUUAUUUACUAUUUUCAUGAUUUAGUUUCAGUUUUAAUAAAACACUAGCAGCUAAAAUAUAAGUCAUUUAUAUUGAGCUAUCUAAUUAAUUUCCAAUUAGAAGAUAAUAUAUACAAAAUGAAGAAAAAGGUUUUACUUAUGGGCAAAAGUGGAUCUGGAAAAACCAGCAUGAGAUCUAUCAUUUUUGCUAAUUAUAUAGCUAGAGAUACAAGACGUUUGGGAGCUACAAUUGAUGUCGAGCAUUCUCAUGUACGAUUUCUUGGAAACCUCGUGCUAAAUUUAUGGGAUUGUGGUGGUCAAGAAGCUUUUAUGGAAAAUUAUUUUGCAUCACAGAGAGAUAACAUAUUUCGAAAUGUAGAAGUUCUAAUUUAUGUGUUUGACGUAGAGAGUAGAGAACUCCAAAAAGAUAUUCAUUAUUAUCAAUCAUGUCUAGAAGCCAUUCUGCAGAAUUCUCCUGAUGCAAAAUUAUUUUGUCUGAUACACAAAAUGGAUCUUGUAACUGAGGAUCAAAGAGAUAUUAUAUUUAAAGAAAGAGAAACAGAUUUGAAAGAAUUAUCUAGACCUCUGCAGUGCACAUGUUUUAGGACAUCAAUUUGGGAUGAAACUCUCUAUAGAGCUUGGUCUAAUAUAGUUUACAUGUUGAUACCAAAUGUUAAAGAAUUAGAGAAUAGCUUAAAACAGUUUGCUAGUAUUGUAGAUGCUGACGAAGUCUUGUUAUUUGAGAGAGCUACCUUUUUAGUUAUUUCUCAUUAUCAAAGGAAAGCCCACAGAGAUAUUCAUAGAUUUGAGAAAGUAUCUAAUAUAAUAAAACAGUUCAAAUUGUCAUGUUCAAAACUAGCUGCCCAGUUUCAGAGUAUGGAAGUUAGGAAUUCAGCCUUUGCAGCUUAUAUUGAUAUGUUUACUAGCAACACCUAUGUAAUGGUGUGCAUGUCUGAUCCUCAAAUUCCUUCAGAAGUUACAUUGAUCAAUAUCAGAAAUGCAAGAAAACACUUUGAGAAGUUGGAGAAAGUUUCAGGAUCUGUUUUUUGAAAUGGCCUCCCUCACCCUUAGUUUCUUCUCUCUUGUGAUGAGUGUGAAGUUCAAAGCCAAGUUUUAAUACUGGUUAAGAUAUAUUUUAUGUUCAUUAUACCUUAAGAAGUAAAAUUUCCAUAUACUCAUGAUGGAAUAUAUAAAGUUGUAAAAUUUAUUGAAUGUAAAUUUGUAAAUUAUAUUUUCAAAUAAAAUUAUAACUGAAAAUCUGCAAA